AGCUGUUGGGUUAGCAGCACUUUCAGUUCCGGGUCAGUGUCCGGCCCGGUCUCAGCGCUGGGUUCGUGUUGUUAUUAUUCACCGAGGGAUCUCCCCCCUCUCCGUCUGAGAGGGGAGCUGGAACCCGGGGCCCCUGCAGCAGCGGCGGGGGGGAGGAGGUGACGGAGAUAUGGAUAAACUGACCAUCAUUUCAGGCUGUCUGUUUCUGGCCGCCGAUAUCUUUGCCAUCGCCAGCAUCGCUAACCCAGACUGGAUCAACACCGGGGAGUCUGCGGGUGCUCUCACAGUUGGCCUCGUCAGACAAUGUCAGACCAUUCAUGGACGUGACAGAACCUGUAUCCCUCCACGGCUCCCUCCAGAGUGGGUAACCACAUUGUUUUUCAUCAUAAUGGGAAUCAUAUCAUUGACUGUUACAUGUGGUUUACUAGUGGCAUCUCACUGGAGAAGGGAAGCUACAAAAUAUGCCCGCUGGAUAGCAUUCACUGGCAUGAUCCUUUUCUGUAUGGCAGCAUUAAUAUUCCCUAUAGGAUUUUACAUCAGUGAAGUUGGUGGACAACCAUACAAAUUGCCCAACAACACGGUAGUUGGGUCAUCCUAUGUACUCUUUGUCUUAUCCAUUUUCUUUACGAUAGUGGGACUAUUAUUUGCAGGCAAAGUAUGUUUACCUGGCUGAUGUAAAGGUCAUCCAGCUGACUUUUUAUUGGAAUGGAUAGUAUAAUUUCUUUUUGAGGGUGGGUGGGGAGCUGGGGUAUUUUAAAGACCCCCUGAGGACAUUAUCUUCUCAGGAGAAAGUUUGCCUGUCUCAAAAGGAUAAGAGAAGAUGAAAGACAUUGACUUGUUCUCACUAUGCACUUUGGAUCAAAUGGAGACUUUCUUUCUGUAACCAAAUACAACUAUCAUUAACUUAUCUCCUGAGCAUAUACAUGCAGUCAGGUCUGCACUGUGACGGGGACUCAUGAACGCUUUACACUGACAAACAAAUCGACCUUUAUUACUGUACCUGAUUCCUGUUUUUAUUGUUUUACAAUGGGAGUUGAAGAGAGAGAAACAAAGACAAGAGUAUUUAUGAACGUUGCAUAUAAUCCAGAAGCAUUUCAAGGCCAAGUGAGGCUGGCCUCACUUUUAAGGGGAAAUGGAGGACGUAUGGGAGGGGACUUGGCACCAUGAUGAAUUAGUUGCACAAAGGAGCCACAAGAUCAAAGCUUGUCUAACGCUGUGAUGCCCAACCGUUCAAUAUUUGGUUUUGAGCAAUUUUAGAUCUGCUCCUGUUCGUCAGCUUAAUGUGCUUUGAUCCAUCUAGAGAUGGGCGGAUCCACAAUACAUCACAAUGCCAAUUUUACUAAGGUACUGAUGGACAGGAUGGCUGUAAGUGGCUAUAACGGUGCUUUUUGAAUUUGAAAGGGAAUGUCCCAAUCCUAAAAGCGAACAAAAAACAAAACCUACUUCUAUACAAUGUCUGUUCCUUCAGCGCAGUCUGUGGGUGGGGCUAAACGUACAAAUGGAAGAAAAGAAGAACUAAACACUAACAAAUUGG